AUGGAGGAAGUAAAUCCUUUAUCAACGCAAUAUCUAUCCCAAGCCCAGCCUGAUAUCAAGAAAUUUAUUAAGCACAUGCACAAAAAAAUCGAUGAAAUCCAAUCGCAAAUGCACGAGUCCAAACAAAAUUAUGAACAAUUGCGAAGCGAAGCAAAAGCAAUGGAAUCACAAAACCUCAGAGACUCUAACGACAUAACAGAUAGAAUUCUCGAUGAACUGGACAGAAUCGAGCAGGAAUUUAAAAAGCAAGUUGGCGAAUCGAAAACUGAGGCAGGUUUUUUAAAGCAGCAAUUGGCUAGUGUAACCCAAGAAAAAAUGAAAUUGGAGCAAAACUCUUUGCUGCUGGCUACUAGAGUAGGAGAAGCAGAAAAAGUUAUUGGGAUCGAAUUGAUGCUUCCUCAUAUUGACGAUCAUAGAGGCUACGAAUAG